AUGCAGGAAGAGAAGACGAAAGAGCUGGCCUAUGAUGCCAAUGAGAUCCCCGUUGGCUUGGCAAUUGUCCAAGACACAGGCAGCAACCAUGGCCUCCAACGACAGCUUAAGCCCCGGCACCUGCAAAUGAUUGCCAUCGGAGGUGUUAUCGGCACUGGCCUCUUCCUAGGCACAGCGAGCGAUCUGAAGAAUGGCGGUCCGGCUGGUCUUCUUAUUGGAUACUGUAUUAUGGCUUCGUUGCUAUACUCGGUAAUGGUUGCUCUCGGUGAAAUGGUGUCGCAAUUUCCUAUUCCUGGAGGUCAAUUUGCUUUAGCUGGCCGGUUCAACUCACCGGAGCUUGGUUUCGCUAUGGGUAUUCUGUUCUGGUAUAAUUAUAUUGUUGUCUUACCGGCCGAAAUCUCCGCAGCGGCUGUUCUGGUUACCUUUUGGACCCCUGCAGGACAGGCAGAUUCCACGUGCUCAACUGGAAUUUGCAAUAAUGCCAUGUGGGUUGGAUUGAUGCUUAUAGUUGUGUUUGCAAUCAAUUAUGCCGGAACACGAGUCUUUGGUGAAAUGGAAUUCUGGUUCUGUUCAAUCAAAGUUGUGACAAUCAUUGGCCUUAUUAUCACCGGUGUUAUCAUCAGUGCCGGUGGCGGGCCUAACCAUGAGGCAACUGGAUUCAAAUAUUGGGACGAGACUGGUGGUUUCACUCAGUAUGAUGGCAUUGCCGGUGCAAAAGGGCGUUUCCUCGGAUUCUUCAGCGUUUUGAUUAACGCUGCCUUCGCGUUUAUUGGAUCUGAGAUUACAGCAAUCGCAGCUGCCGAGACUUCAAACCCGCAAAGAAACGUCCCGCGAGCCAUCAAGAGUGUUUGGAUUAGGCUUGUACUCUUCUAUCUUUGCAGUGCUUUCUUGAUUGGACUUCUCGUGUCUCCAUCGGAUCCUUCUCUCAGUCUUUCUUCUACUGCGGCCAAGAGUCCCUUUGUCAUUGCCAUUCAAAACUCCGGCAUCUCAGUCCUUCCCUCCAUUAUUAAUGCAGCCCUUCUCACCAGCGCGUGGUCUGCCGGCACAGCCGAUCUUUUUGUUUCAUCAAGAACCCUAUAUGGACUGGCAGCCCGCGGACAUGCCCCCAAGAUCUUUCUCAAGACCCGAAAGGACGGCUUCCCUUGGGUUUGCUUCCUAUUCUGUGGGGCUUUCUCUUUCCUGUCGUUCAUGGCCGCCGCUCAUGGAGAGGCGGGCAAAGUGUUUGGCUAUUUCGCUAACAUGACUGCGAUGUGCGGUAUGAUCUCUUGGACAGGGAUCUUGUGGACCAGUAUCCGUUGGAACAAAGGUCUUGAGGCGCAGGGCAUCGAUCGGAAGACACUCCCAUAUAUGGCACCUCUUCAACCUUAUCUAUCCUACUGCAAGUUUAAAGACGAUGGAAUCUCAAUCUGUGUCAUGGUCAUCAUCUUCGGCGGGUUCGGUUCCUUCAUUCCUAAAUUUGACGCCUCCUCUUUUGUCACGACUUACUUUCCCAUUCCAUUGUUUGCCGUGCUCUACUUCGGAUACAAGUUUUGGACCAAGUCUAAGAUGGUCGAUUAUGCCGACAUGGACUUUGUCACCGGCUCUUCGAUUGAGGUUACUGAAAAGGAGAGCCCUCAGACUCUGUGGCAGAAGAUUUCCGACAGGAUCUAG